GAUGUUGUUGCUACCAGUGGAGCAUCAAUGAAGUCAAGGUAUAUGAGGAAGACGUGAACGUCUCGUACGCUAGUACGUAACGACCGAGCGUUCAGAGCGGGUGUGUGACGCUCCCUCACGAAGUUUUGUGACUGUCAGUACAGAAGUGAUUGACAACUAUCUGUCACGUUAGUAACGGUGAUAGCACAUACAGCCAACACGUAACACGCGACUUUCUUGAUUAACUAAGCUGUUGUGACGAACAUCUGUGCACAUCUGGGUUGUGUGGGCGGUGGUGCGUGUGUGGUCCCGACACCUGACCUGACCCUAGUGCCGCCACCAGGCCUUCGCUACACCGUGACCUCGCUGCACCGUGACCUCGCUGCACCGUGACCUCGCUACAUCGUGACCUCGCAAUGAAGUCCAUCAACUGGGAGAAGUCGUGCCCUCGUGGUGGAGGCGGCGUGAGGCCCUCCACCGUGGCGGUCAGGUCAUCGAGGGGUCAGCCAGAGGUGAGGCAGGAGCGGCAGGAGAUACGGGAGUACCUGGAGAAGCUGCGGCAGCUUGUGCCCGCCUGCCCCAAGGCUGGCAAGAUGUCCCGCCUGGCCGUGAUCCAGCACGUGAUCGACUACAUCGUGGAGCUGCAGGAGACCCUGGUGCACCACCCCGUCAACACCCUCCUGGCCGCCACCGACGACCACAUCACCAGCCUCACCACCUCCCUACACAACAACCCGCUCUUCGCUCUACAACAGCUCAGUGCUAACAAAAGCUCGCCUCCCGCAUCGUCGGCACCAACAGCAGUCAAGAGCAGCAGCAGCAGCAGCAACAAGACCACCACCACCACCACCACCAAGACCAGCAGCUGCAGACGACCACUCGGUGUUCUCUCCUCCCUAAAGAACCACAGAAAUCAAUGAAACAAUAUUCGAAUUCGAUCAUUUACAAAGCCCCGGACUCUCCCACUCCCACCUACCAAAGAGUUAGAAAUAAAAAAAGUGAAAUGUGUUUGGGGGUUGUGGAAGGUGUGAGAUAACAGAUGGUGUUGACCAAAUACGUCGCCUCGGCCUGCCACCUUGACUACCAAAAGGGGGGGGAGGGGCCCCACGCUGCCCCUGACCUGUCAGACGGCGUGCUGCCCAUAUUGGUAACAAGACCUGCCGCCACCCGGAAGCCCCUCCAGCUUCUCCCCCACACUGGUGCCCACAGUCCCCCCCCACCCACCCCACUCCUGCUCCCACACUCUCCUCCCACACAACCCGUAAAGGCGGUGUUUUGAGGUUGAGAGGUUUGUGGUGCGUGACAGGUCAGGAGCCGCGGGUGGCGGCGCACCUGUUCACCCCGGGCACUCUCCUCACACCUGCACCGCUAUCUGGCCUCGCUUGUCGCCAUGUACACCUGCUCUCCCACACGUGUCUCCAACCCCCCCAUACCUGGCAGCGCCCUUAGUGUCAUUCACACACGAUCUCCACAUGUGAGCCUACACACCUGGCCUCCGUACGAGUCAUCAGCCACACCUGCUCCUCAAAGCGUAUAGUUUUACAUCCGCAUCUGCACCGGUGUGUUUCCAAACCCGGUUUCCACAGGUGUGUUUCUAAACCAAGCACACUUGCAUCGGUAUUAUCUAAGCAGCUGCAGACAACCAUUAUCAGGGAGUGAUAACCAACUGCAACGCCGUGACACCUGCUUCCUAAACCAUUAACGACAGCUGAAACACCUAGCCACAGCUGCACCAGAUGUGGGGAGUACUGAAGGCACAGGUGUGCGUGUCGCGAAGCAGCUGCAUCGAUUCCUCCGUCAUCAGCCUGCGGUCAAGAAUUUGACAACCUCCCUGUCCUACGAGCUCCUCAGUCAAUAGCUGCGCCUUCGAGGUGGUUAUGGCUCACCACCUUGACAGUUGUGUCACCAUCUGGUUCGCCAGAUCUCCAUCUGGGCCACCGUGUCAACAUCUGGGCCACCGUGUCAACAUCUGGGCCACCGUGUCAACAUCUGGGCCAUCGUGUCAACAUCUGGGCCAUCGUGUCAACAUCUGGGCCACCGUGUCAACAUCUGGGCCACCGUGUCAACAUCUGGGCCAUCGUGUCAACAUGUGGGCCACCAUGUCAACAUCUGGGCCACCGUGUCAACAUCUGGGCCAUCGUGUCAACAUCUGGGCCAUCGUGUCAACAUCUGGGCCACCGAGUCAUCGUGUGUAACACCAGGGUUACCAUCUGGGUCACAUUUUAUGAUGCCAGGGUCACCACCUAUGGUCACCAUCUGUGACAAGUGCCUCACCAUCUGGAAGACUAUUUAUGGCAUCAGGGUCACCACCUGGGCUGCCAGUUACCAUCUGGGCCACCAGCUACAUGGAGCUUCAGGAGGUCACCGCUAGGACUGUGUGUGUGGGUUUUAAGAAUUUUAUAUAGAAAAACAAUAGGCAUAUAUAUCCUCGACUGUGUUACCACAGAGAGUUGUAAACAUGUUCACUAUUGGUUGCUCGUGUUAAUGUAGCACUAAUGGGCUGUACAGUCCAUCACUCUGGCGAGUGACAAGGGCGCAGUGUACUGGGGGUGGCUGGAGUCAGCUACACCUGAAGGACAUUAUUCCAUUGAUUGGUGUUGUGGUGAGGCGGGCACGCGGUGUUCACACCUGGCCCAAGACCACCGCCUUACUCGCCUGCAUGUUGCCAACUCUGCCCGCCAGCUGCCCUUCACCGUCAACCUCAUUAUUUUCACCACCACAUUAUCUUUGCACCCAAAUUCCCCCUAUAAUUCAAAAUAUUUCAUAAACUACUAUGUAAAGAUAUAUUAUUGACACGAGGAUGUAGUAAAACACAGAACCUUGAAUAACCGGCAAGACUGUUGUGCGAGCUGCUGCAGCAUUCAUUAAACAUUAAUGGCCGCUGGGGACUAAAGGCCACAACACAACAGCUUGCGUAGUCUCACGCCUUGAAUCAUUGACUAACAAAAACCGUUAAGCAGAGUGCUGGAGGACAUCUGUCCAAUAAUCGGCAGGAUCAAUUAUUUAAUAUGUGGCCAGCUGCUACUUAGUGGAGAGAGGCAGCCUGCCAGCUCCUGGCCUCAGCUGUCCCGCGUGUCGCCGCCGCCCUCAUUCACCACUUAACUCGCUUCUCACCUCCCUUAAUUUAGGCUAAUUAUGUCUUAAAACUAGUAGGCCUAUGCAGAAGUCUUGCAUUAGAUACCAGUAAAAAGUAGGGGCUCGCCUUGAGCAGUGUAUACACACAGGGUUAGGAGAAACUUGGGGCAUGUGAAGGGUGUGUAGCGACGGGGUUGUAAGGCAGCGGUUGAGGCGGGGGACAUCCGGCUGCGGGUGUGGGUGCCGCCGCCACGUGCAGGCCGGCUGUGGCAGCUGUCCUGUGUGUCGCCACACACCCGUCCGCCCAGCUGUCUGCACGUCGCCCUAGCCACCCUGCCAGCCGCCUCUACCACUAACAACGCAGAUAACCCCGUGUGUGUCUGUGCUAUAUUACUGUGACCAGGUGCCGGGGCCCUUCCUGCUCCCCCCCCCCCACCCCACCCCCCCACCUUGCCUGCCUCACACGUGUCAGCUUGUGUUACCAACACCGGCAUCUCUGCCACAGCUGCGCCAUCUGCGAAGCACCCAUCUGUCCCACGCCGGAGGAGUGCCCAAAGCAGCUGUGUUAGUCUUCAUUUAUGUCAAUGUUAAUUAUGUGCGCAGGUUGACUGGCUGGGAGAGACUUAGCCGCGGCGGCUCCAUAAACCUCGCGCGCACCACCUGUCUCUCCCUCUCCCAACACACCCGUCCUUUUUUCUUCUAACAUGUUGCCACUGAACUUACUCCAACAAAAAAUUCAAACUGUGGAUCAAAUUUGACAUAAAAUCCAACAUGUGCGCGUGGGGACUGCAAAAGAAGUGAGCGGUGGUGCAAGUUGGCAACAACGAUCAGGAGGAGAAAGCUUAAGGUUUGGUAAGGGGCGUAACCCACCCCUAACAGCCUGGUAGACCGGACACUCUUCCUAAACCUAUUAUUAGUCCAGCUGUUGUGUUAUCAGCCCUUUACAUGUCCGGAGUAGAUGCGAGUGUGUGGGUAUGUUCCUCACCUUGGUUGGUGGGCAUGUUUGAUGACGUGUAUACGAGGGUGGGCAGGGCAGCUCACAGUCAUGUGUGGCGGGAGUGUGUGUGGAGUCUGCGUGCCCGGCCUUGUGGGCCCACCUCUGGUAUGUUGGGGGGGGGGGGUCCUGUUGCUUGACAUCUCGCCUCGUGUCACGCGGGCUGUCACUCAUCACCACCACCCCAGUGUCACGCGGGCUGUCACUCACCCCCACCCCAGUGUCACGCGGGCUGUCACUCACCGGCCCACCCCAGUGUCACGCGGGC